UUCUAGUUCCAGUUCUGUACGCCUCUUCUAUACUUGGUUUUCUAACGCUGAAAGUCAUCAAUGACCGACCUCUCAUUUAAAGAAUCUUGUGAAUCGUCCUCUCUCAUUCUUUUUAGUAGAAGAAUUGUGAAAAUUGGUCUGCUCUCGAAUUGAUUUGUGAUAGACUAUUCCGUAUUGAUCGGAAUCGGGUCGGUUUCUUUUGUGGUGUUACAUCGCGGCUGUUAUAUUGAAGCUGCUUUCUUUUGAUAAUUUCAUCAUCUCAUCCACUCACUACUACAGUACCCGUUUGGAGACUAAACUAAGAAAGAAAACCCAUAAAAUAGGGAACAAAAUAUUCAGUCGAUUUUGAGCAAUUGGAGAAGAGAAACAAAGAUGUCAGACAAGUUUUCUCCGACGUUAAGGAUUGGAGAUCUUAGUGAUUUCAUAGCACCGUCUCAGGCUUGUGUUGUUUCUUUAAAGGGAUUGAAAUCAAACGCAAAGACAUCUGAUAAACCUGAAGUUUCAGUUGCCGAGACGAAGCAAAUUGAUCCGGUUAAAAUCUCGCUGAAGGACUGUUUGGCAUGCAGUGGAUGCAUAACAUCAGCAGAGACAGUAAUGCUUGAGAAGCAGAGUUUGGAUGAAUUCCUUUUGAAUAUUGAUAAAGGAAAAGCAGUUGUUGUCUCACUAUCUCCUCAAUCUAGAGCUUCUCUUGCCGUUCAUUUUGGCAUCUCCCCACUUCAGGUUUUCAAGAAGCUCACUACUUUUUUUAAGUCCAUAGGAGUAAAGGCUGUAUUUGAUACAAGUGUCAGUAGAGAUUUAACUCUUAUAGAAACUUGUAAUGAAUUCAUUACUCGCUACAAACAAAGCCAAUCAAAUAAUGAUGACAGAUCAAAGUCAGCCCUACCUAUGCUUUCAUCAGCAUGUCCAGGUUGGAUAUGCUAUGCUGAGAAACAACUAGGAUCCUAUAUUCUGCCAUAUAUAUCUUCUGUGAAAAGCCCUCAACAAACUAUUGGAGCUACCAUCAAGCAUCACAUAUGUCAAAAGAUGGGCCUUAGGCCUGAUGAAGUAUACCAUGUGACCGUGAUGCCUUGUUAUGAUAAGAAGCUUGAGGCUGCAAGGGAUGACUUCAUUUUUGAAAUAGGAUCUCAAGAAGAGACUAAUGGGAGCAGUAUCAGGCUUGCAGAGGUAGAUUCUGUUUUGACAUCUGGAGAAGUUUUAGAUUUGGUAAAGUUGAAAGCUGUGGAUUUUGCAGCCUUGAACGACUCACCACUAGAUAGAGCAUUGACUAAUAUUAAUGAAGACGGACAUCUUUAUGGAGUAACUGGAAGCUCUGGUGGUUAUGCUGAAACAGUCUUUCGGCAUGCUGCUAGAACACUAUUUGGAAUGGAAAUUGAAGGGCCUUUGGCAUUCAAAACUAUAAGAAAUACAGAUCUACGUGAACUGACUCUGGAAGUAGAUGGACAAGUAGUGUUGAAAUUUGCAUUGUGUUAUGGCUUCCAAAACCUGCAAAAUGUUGUAAGGAAAGUUAAAAUGCAUAAGUGUGAUUAUCAUUUUGUGGAGGUCAUGGCAUGUCCAUCAGGUUGUUUGAAUGGUGGAGGACAAAUCAAGCCAAUGCCAGGGCAACCUCCAAAGGCUUUGCUUCAGUUAUUAGAAACUGUGUACAUGGAAAAUGUUUUGGUAGCAGAUCCCUUUGACAACCCUUUAGUUAAGGGUCUAUAUGAUGAGUGGCUUGAAGAACCUGGUUCAGAGAAAGCUAAGAGAUUCAUGCACACACAAUAUCAUCCUAUAGUAAAAAGCAUAACUGCUCAGUUACAUAAUUGGUAAACCAGGCCCCCUACUGAUCCCAAAACAAAAUGUUGGAACUUUCAUUUGCCGUCUAUCCUCAGUAUUGUUGCAAUCUCACGAGCAGUACCUAUCAUCACUCGUGCCCUGCAAUUCUGGUUAGCGAUGGGAGUCCAAUUUUGAUAGAGUAAACAAAAUUUGUUAUUGUAGCAUUUUCAACUAAUGUAUAUGCUCUAUACUAGAAGCCGUUUAGAUAGGAGAAAGAGAUUGUUAUAUGAUGCUGUAUUUUUUUUUCCCACUUUGCCUUUGGGUUGAAGGGUCCCAAUAAUAAUUUCUCAAAAUCUGAAAUCAUGUACAUGAUGCAUUUUUGUCCUAUUUUUGUAUAAUUUAAACAGGUCUGCACGGAGAGUGACCUAUUACUAACAAAAUAAAUGUCAUGUAUCAGUUCUCUAAUGAAGGAAUCAAGCAUAAUUUUGAGA